AUGGAGUUGCAAAGUCAAAGGGUAGACACGUUACCUAAGGAAAUCCAAGCAGCAAAGUGCCUUGGGGAUUAUCAAGUGGAAGCCCGAAAGGACAGGCCUCAACAGCCUGUCCGAGGAGGAUACAAAGGAGGCCAGCCGAACACUGGUGGCCCUAGCAGAAGAUGUCGUCAUUGCGGCAGACCACAUUGGAAUAAUGAAUGCCCACAUACACAGAUGAACGCCCAUCAAGCUUUUGAGGAUGGGACGGAUGACGAUGCCGAUGAUGCGGACCAGACCGAACCAGUUGGUGCAUUCAAUGCCAUUGUUGGCUCUAUUUCUAAGCCUCUAACAGGAACCAGUACUGGUAUCCACAUGGGUGCUACCCAUAACUACUUAGCCUCAACUCAGGUGGAGCGCCUUGGCCUAGUUGUAGAAAAGGGCAAAGGUCGUGUCAAGGCUAUCAACUCACCACCUCAGCCAGUGGAUAGAAUAGCCAAAGAAGUACCGGUGAAACUUGGCCCUUAUGAAGAAAAGUUCAACCUGCGCGUGGUGAUUAUAGAUGACUUCGAAUUGAUAGUGGGGUUGAAAUUCCUGAGACAGACCAAUACCAUGCCCGCACCGUAUGCAGACUUGCUACUGAUGAUGGGAGAAUAUGGAGCUAAGCCCUGCAUUAUUCCGUGCAUUCCUAUGAAGAUGGCCACUGAGAACAUCUCGGCCUUGCAGUUGAAGAAGGGGCUAAAAAGACAUGAACCCAUGUUCCUGGCUACCCUCUGCCUGGAAGAUAUAGAACGCUCCUCGGGUCCCAUUCAUGCACCCAUGAAGGAGUUGCUUCUGGAAUUUGAAGACAUCAUGCCACAAGACAUGCCAAAGCGUCUUCCUCCUAGGCGAACUGUGGACCAUGAGAUUGAGUUGGUGCCAGGUGAGAAGCCACCUGCCCGGGCGCCAAACACAAUCCAAACACUAGAAGAACACCUAGAGCAUUUGCGGAAGGUCCUAGCCCGAUUGCGGGAGCACGAAUUAUAUGCGAAGCUAUCCAAGUGCUCCUUUGCUCAGAAACAAAUUGACUUCCUCGAACAUGUCAUGGAGGAAGGACGGAUCAAGAUGGACCAGCAGAAGAUUCAGGCCAUCACAGAAUGGCCGCCUCUUGAGGAUAUUCACGCCUUGAGGUCGUUUCUUGGCCUAUGCAACUUCUAUCGGUGUUUUGUGAAAAGUUACUCCCUCGUUGCAGUGCCGCUGACAGAACUUCUCAAGAAGGUCACACCGUGGGAUUGGGGCCCCAAGCGGGCAGAGGCCUUCGACGCAUUGAAAAUGGCUAUGUCUAGUAGCCCAGUCUUAGCCCUCCCUGACUUGGCCAAGCCAUUCGAAGUGCAAACGGAUGCCUCCAUCUAUGCACUUGGUGGAGUAUUGCCACAAGAAGGGCAUCCCGUAGCGUACGAGAGCCGAAAACUGAAGGAUGCAGAGCGGCGCUAUGCCGCCCAUGAGAAAGAAUUAUUGGCUGUCAUUAAUUGCUUACACCUUUGGAGGCAUUAUCUACUGGGCAAGACUCGCCAGUUCUACACCGAAGAUAGUUUCCUGAAAGUGAAAGGGAACCGACUUUAUGUUCCUAAAGGAGGAGAUCUAGAAGGGCUCUUCUGGCGGAAUGCCACGAUACUUUGUGGGCCAGUCAUCCCGAAGGAUAAGCCAGACCGCUUGACACAGGCAGGGCUCUUGGAACCACUGGCUGUCCCAAAAAGACCUUGGGAAAGCAUUUCCCUGGACUUCAUCAUCGGAUUGCCCAAG